ACAGGAACAGUCUCCGCCGGUCAAGAAACCCACACAAGUAUUUUGCCAUGGAUGUAGAAGAUGAAGAGAACAUGAGUUCGAGCAGCACAGAUGUUAAGGAAAACUGCAGUCUGGACGGCGCGCCCCCCAAGGACGGCAGCGCCCCGGGGCCUGGCGAGGGCGCCCCGCUCUCCAACGGGGGUGGCGGGGGCGCCGGCAGGAAGCGGGCCCUGGACGAGAGCAGCAAUGGCCACUCCAAGUUCCGCCUGAAGAAGCGGAGGAGGGCGCCGGGGCCCGCGCUGCCCAAGAACGCGCUGAUGCAGCUCAACGAGAUCAAGCCUGGCCUGCAGUACACGCUGCUGUCGCAGACGGGCCCCGUGCACGCCCCCCUCUUCGUCAUGUCCGUCGAGGUCAACGGGCAGGUCUUCGAGGGCUCCGGCCCCACGAAGAAGAAGGCCAAGCUGCACGCGGCCGAGAAGGCCUUGCGCUCCUUUGUCCAGUUUCCCAACGCCUCUGAGGCCCACCUGGCCAUGGGCCGGAGCCUGUCCGCCAAUGCAGACUUCACGUCCGACCAGGCCGACUUCCCCGACGCGCUCUUCAACGGCUUCGAGACCCCGGACAGGCCGGAUGUGCCCUUCUACCUGGGCGCCAAUGGCGACGACUCCUUCAGCUCGAGUGGGGACCUCAGCCUGGCUGCGUCUCCCGUGCCUGCCGGCCUGGCCCAGCCACCCCUCCCCGUGCCCCCGCCGUUCCCACCCCCGAGCGGGAAGAACCCCGUGAUGAUCUUGAACGAGCUGCGCCCGGGACUGAAGUACGACUUCCUCUCGGAGAGCGGGGAGAGCCACGCCAAAAACUUCGUCCUGUCUGUGGUCGUGGACGGGCAGUUCUUCGAGGGCUCGGGGAGGAGCAAAAAGCUCGCCAAGGCCCGGGCCGCGCAGUCCGCCCUGGCUACUGUCUUUAACUUGCGCCUGGACCAGACCCCGUCUCGCCAGCCUGUCCCCAGCGAGGGCCUCCAGCUGCACUCGCCACAGGUCUUAGCCGAUGCCGUGGCGCGCCUGGUUCUGGAGAAGUUUGGGGACCUGACGGACAACUUCGCCGCCCCCCACGCACGCAGGAAAGUGCUUGCUGGAAUCGUCAUGACAACAGGCACAGAUGUGAAGGAUGCCAAGGUGAUCAGUGUUUCCACAGGAACAAAGUGUAUUAACGGCGAGUACAUGAGUGAUCGCGGCCUUGCGCUGAACGACUGCCACGCAGAAAUCAUAUCUCGAAGAUCCUUGCUUAGAUUUCUUUACACACAACUUGAGCUUUACUUAAAUAGCAAAGAUGAUCAAAAAAGAUCCAUCUUUGAGAAGUCCGAGCGGGGAGGAUUUAAGCUGAAGGAGAAGGUCCGGUUCCAUCUGUACAUCAGCACCUCCCCCUGUGGAGAUGCCAGGAUCUUCUCGCCACACGAGACCGUCCUGGAAGAACCAGCAGACAGACAUCCGAAUCGUAAAGCCCGAGGACAGCUGCGGACGAAAAUAGAGUCUGGUGAGGGGACGAUCCCAGUCCGCUCGAAUGCCAGCAUCCAGACCUGGGACGGGGUGCUGCAAGGGGAGCGGCUGCUCACCAUGUCCUGCAGUGACAAGAUGGCGCGGUGGAACGUGGUGGGCAUCCAGGGGUCCCUGCUCAGCGUCUUUGUGGAGCCGAUCUACUUCUCCAGCAUCAUCCUGGGCAGCCUCUACCACGGGGACCACCUCUCCAGGGCCAUGUACCAGCGCAUCUCCAACAUAGAGGACCUGCCCGCCCUGUACACCCUCAACAAGCCUCUGCUCAGCGGCAUCAGUAACGCGGAGGCGCGGCAGCCGGGGAAGGCCCCCAACUUCAGUGUCAACUGGACGGUGGGCGACUCGGCCGUCGAGGUCAUCAACGCCACCACAGGGAAGGACGAGCUGGGCCGCGCCUCUCGCCUGUGUAAGCACGCGUUGUACUGUCGCUGGAUGCGUGUGCACGGCAAGGUUCCCUCCAACUUACUGCGCUCCAAGAUCACUAAACCCAACGUGUACCACGAGUCCAAGCUGGUGGCCAAGGAGUACCAGGCCGCCAAGGCCUGUCUGUUCAGAGCCUUCAUCAAGGCCGGGCUGGGCGCCUGGGUGGAGAAGCCCACGGAACAGGACCAGUUCUCACUCAUGCCCUGACGGGUGUGCAGCGCGGCCCCAAACCUCGCAGCUGAGCCGGGGCAGGCGUGGGAUGUGUGGGAGCUGGGCGCGCGGCACCGUCCCCGGGGCAGGCGCGCGGGGCGCGGGGUCUGGCGUCAGGGUCCCGUGUCACCACCUGGCAUCUCUCUACAGCAGUGUCCCCCCUUUUGAAUCACCCAGUGACUGCUUUCAACCUCAGUUUACAUGUAGAAGUUGAGUUCUACUGAGUAGGGCUUCCUGAAGUUUAGGAAAAAUAGGAAUUACUUUGUGUGAAAUUCUUGAAUAAUUAAUUUAUUCAGAACUAGGACUAUGGUUUAUAAAAUAAGAAAUAACUAUGUCAGGUCACUCUUAUGCCACAUUACUUUGAUUGCAAAGAAGCAUUUAUAUACGGAGGGAGUGAGGAAAUAGAUAGGAGGCAGUAACCUAAAGAAACUGUACCCCUGUCCACAUGUAGGUCCCUGUUCCCCGUAGGCGCCUCCCUGGGAGAGGACUCCCCGCGCGGAGCCCACGUCCACAGCGCAGCGACCUGUGGUGUGGCGCAUGGGGUCACAGCCAGGUCCCUGCAGCCUCCAGCGUCCUCUAGAAGUUUCUGUGCUCCUCGUAGGACCAUAUCAUGGAAAAUCGUCUCUCGGUUGACUUCUAAAUAAUCAGAGGUCAAACAUGGUCAGUAGGCCUGGCCAUUCAUUUGGGUUUUUUAAGCAGUAUUUAACUUUUAGGGACUAGAAGGGAUCCACAGGGGCUACUGCACAGUAAAUAACCUAGAAUUCCCUCUGGUCCUUCCUCUGAACCUCCUGGAUGUGAAUGACUGUCUCAGGCUCUUCACAGGAUGGAAAUAGAGCUAAGUAAGUAGGUAUUCAUUCUUGGAAAAUGCCACUUAAGGCGUAUUUUCUAAUUAUUCUUUCCAGCUUUAUCAAGGACAUGUUUGAAGUACAAGUGUUCAGGCUGAGAGCUGGCGAGACAGCGUGUUGCUGGUGGGGUCUCGACCAGGUUGGGAUGUUGGUGUCACGGCAGGGAAGGGGGGGUGGUCUGGAGUCGGGGGUGCCCGGGACACUGCUCGGCACCCCACAGCACACAGGCCAGUCCCAGGCGGGCCGAGCGAGCCGGGGGUCAGGGCAGGCGGGCAGGUGGGGACCCCGGGAGGCCGCCCCGCCCUGACGCAAAGGUCACAGCACGCUCCUCCCGCUUCCAUGGAGGGUCGGAGAGGAGCUUGGUGCCCUUCGCUGAGUCAGCAGCAGUUCCUGGUUCUGGGGGGUCUUGGGGGUGCCAUAGGCAGAGAGGGCCCUCCAGCCAAGUCCAGGCGUCAAGCUGUGUGCCUGGGUGUCCCGUGUCCUUUAUGGGCUCAGAAAACUCAGAGCAGGAACAGGACGGCCACUGGCACUUUGGCCCAGAGCCCGGGCGCUCAGAGUGGGAGACGUGGUCCCAGAAGGUCACGUCUCUAGGUGUCUCCGCGUCCGCAUGGAGACUUGAGGUGCUGCGCCCCGUGGGCGCGUGCGGGGGAGGGGGCCACACUGCCGGGGCCUGGCCGGGUCAGAGGACGAGGGUUGCCCAUGCCGCCAUCUCUGCAGGGCGUUUUCUUGUCCCGACCCUGUCGGCACAGGGCUCGGGCCUGCGUGGCCCGGCGGGGCCUGCUGUGGUUUCACCCGAGAAAAGAAAGGUGUCUGGUGGCGCCCCCCGACCACAGCAGUCUCCUGCACACUCAGAAAAGACAUCUGUGAGUCCCUGCAUUUUUAUUCUUCUCUCUAUAAAUGGUAUUUUUUCUAAUGGGGAUUGGGAGAUGGACUUAGUUUUUAAAAAAUAUGUGGAUUUUGGUUACAAAGUCCAGAGGAAUGAUACUGCACGUGCACACAAGCAGGCCAGGACGCCCGGCUCCCCCUCUGUCAGCCGACUGUGGACCUGAGCACGAUCCCCCCCACCAUGCCCCAGCCCAGGUAAAUGAAUGCCUUACUGUGUGGGUCCGUGCCGUGUGGCUGUGCCCUGCUGCCUCUCCCGGUUCACGUUUGUGCGACCGUCCAGGACGGACCUGAUGCGGGGCUCCUGCCCCGAGAGCACCCAGGCCUGGGGAGGAAGGUAGCCAAGGAUCGCGGGCGAGGGGGUCGGGGACCGCUGGGCGGCAGGGCCAGGCGGGGCUGCGGGGAGUCGGGCUGGGGCAGGAGGCCUGCACAGCUCCUGGGACAGGGCAACUGGCACAGUCCUCUGUAAGCAGGAAAAAGGAGGAAAUGCACACCCCCCAAAAGACAAAUCAGGGAGCGCGGCCCGCCGUGCACCACCACGUAGGCAUUUCCUUGAGGUGUCGUUUUGUAUCCAGGGUCCUUAAUCUGGGUUUUAGAGACUUUGGAAAUCUGACACAACCAAGCCCUUGAUCUUUUGAGAAAAAUCUUAAACUUUGAGGACAUUUUGACCCGUGGGGUUUGGGAGGGUUUCUGUUCUGUCUCGGCGGCUAAGCCUGUAGUUUGUAUUCUGCAAAGACACUGGCCCUGCUGCGGUGCCUGGGGCCACUGGGCAGCUGUCCUGCUGGCGAGAAGGUCCGCCAUAGAGAAGUCUCAUUUUGUGACCCGAGCCAGGGCUUGUGGAGAGGGUGGCCGAGGUGGGGGCCGUGAUCGCUGGUUCCUCCGCCCUCACCCCUGCUCGGGGUCGGGAGGCCUCACCUCCUCCCUGCAGUUUGACUCUGAGUCUUAAUGGGGCUUUUCGUCAUCUUUUUCUAUUUGGAGAUUUUUAUUAUAAUCAGAAACCGUUAUUUUAUUUUAAAAUGUACAAGCCCACAUUUCACAAGGUAUUAACUUCUCUGGAAUUUAUUUUUUUUUGAAUAAUUUUGUUGCUUUCCAGACUAUAGAAUCCCUGCUUUCCUUGUAAUUUCACGUGGCCGAGCCUCCCAGUCUCCUGGGGUAGCCAGGUCCCAGAAUGGAAUUUGUGGGUGCUGGGAGCGGGGAGCACGCCUUGCCCCUUUUCUCCAGGAACAAGUAAAAAAGACAGAUGGGUUUUUUUCCAUUUCCAAAAUAUUUUACACCAAAAUGUAAGGUCUGCCCCAACUAUAAAUUUGAUCCAGCACAAGAAGUAAAAUCCCAUCUCUAAAUUCUAUGAAAUUAGUGAAUCUCUCAGAAGGUUUUCUUUUUAUCAAAACUAUAUGAAUGGAAAGAGCAGAGUGUGGUCGUAUGAGUCCAGCUUCGCCUGUCUUUUUCCUCGGCGUGUCCUGUGACUGUCUCUCCCUGGCCAGAGGCCGGCCCGGGCCACUGGGGUUCUGUGUCCACAUGGCUGGGAGGGAGAGGCUCUGACGAUCUGGACUCUGAGCUCCUGUUUCCGGCAGCGCGUCUGCGCUUCCUCGUUCAGUGUUUGGAGGUGCACACCCCCAGCCCCGAGGACUCUCAUCUUGGCCACGGCUUGGGCCGCUGUUGCAUCACGGACCCAGUCGUGAACAGUUAAAGGUGGUCUGUGGAAUGUUCGUGGAAUAAGCCCCAAAAGCUGUUUGCUUCUCCAACUUUGGGUUAUAUGCUGUUAAUUUUAUUCUAGAAUUUGGACACUUCAUAUGAAUGUAAUCCCACCGAGAGCGCUGUCACCAAGGCGCACUCCUCGGUGCCCCCUGUGUGUCCACUGAUGUGCGGGCCACACGUGACCCCCUGCAUGAGCUUCCUCCUGCACCGAGACCAGCCGGCACCGAGCAUGAGACCCUGUCACUCAGACAGAGGACUUGAGACGUUCUCAAUAAAACCAUGUUUCACUACCGCAGCCUCGCUGAGAUUCUCUCUCCUCCCUGGUUAUUUCCCUCCUUGGUCCGGAGUAGGGUUUGGGAAGGUGUGGGUGGGCGCCAGCCGAGGGCACUGGGCCGACGCUCCACUCCUGUCACCUGUGCGUAGCUCUGAGCAUCUUCCCUGGGGCUUGGGCCCUCUGAUUCCCGCCCCCCGCACGUGGGUUCCUGG